AUGGCUUGUGGGGACAGGUUGCAGAACACAAUGGCUAAUGGGGACAGGAUGCAGAAUACUAUGGCUUGUGGGGACAGGAUGCAGAAUACUAUGGCUUGUUGGCACAGGAUGCAGACCACUAUGGCUUGUGGGGACAGGAUGAAGAACACUAUGGCUUGUGGGGAUAGGAUGCAGACGACUAUGGCUAAUGGGGACAGGAUGCAGACCACUACGGCUUGUUGGGACAGGAUGCAGAACAUUAUGGCUAAUGGGGACAGGAUGCAGACCACUAUGGCUAAUGGGGACAGGAUGCAGAACACUAUGGCUUGUGGGGACAGGAUGCAGAAUACUAUGGUUAAUGGGGACAGGUUGCAGAACACAAUGGCUUGUGGGGACAGGAUGCAGAAUACUAUGGCUAAUGGGGACAGGUUGCAGAACACAAUGGCUUGUGGGGAAAGGAUGCAGACCACUAUGGCUAAUUGGGACAGGAUGCAGAACACUAGGGCUUGUGGGGACAGGAUGCAAAAUACUAUGGCUAAUGGGGACAGGUUGCAGAACACAAUGGCUUGUGGGAACAGGAUGCAGAACACUAUGGCUUGUGGGGACAGGAUGCCGGAUACUAUGGCUUGUGGGGACAGGUUGCAGAACACAAUGGCUUGUGGGAACAGGAUGCAGAAUACUAUGGCUAAUGGGGACAGGAUGCAGACCACUAUGGCUAAUGGGGACAGGAUGCAGAAUACUAUGGCUUGUUGGGAAAGGAUGCAGACGACUAUGGCUUGUGGGGACAGGAUGCAGACCACUAUGGCUAAUGGGGACAGGAUGCAGAAUACUAUGGCUUGUGGGGAAAGGAUGCAGAACACUAUGGCUUGUGGGCACAGGAUUCAGACCACUAUGGCUUGUGGGGACAGGAUGCAGAAUACUAUGGUUUGUUGGGAAAGGAUGCAGAAUACUAUGGCUUGUGGGGACAGGAUGCAGACCACUAUGGCUUGUGGGGACAGGAUGCAGAACACUAUGGCUUGUGGGGACAGGAUGCAGAACACUAUGGCUUGUAGGGGCAGGAUCAGAACCAGCAGCAUGCACCUUACAGUUAAUACUAGCUGUCAUGAAGAGGCUCUGGUCCAGCAGAAUGCACUUUACAGUUAA